UUUCCGGGCAUGAAGGUCCCGGACAAGUUCCUCCGUGUCCCGAGCAGAAGCUUCGAUGAGUGCACCGAGGAAUGCAGAAGCAAUUGCUCCUGCGUGGCAUAUGCUUACUCCAAGAUGAGCAACAUAGAUAUUGACGGUGAUGAUACAAGAUGCCUGUUAUGGAUCGGCGAUUUGAUCGACAUGGAGAACAACCAUCAAGGAGGGGAGAACCUCUAUGUUCGGACUAAAAGAUUGCAAGGCAACAUGAGAAAGAUCAAAACCAUAGAAAUUGUAUUACCAGUUGUGUCAAGUUUUCUGAUACUCAUAUGCGUGGGGCUUAUUUGGAUCUGUGGCUUUAGAGGCAAUCAAGGAAGCAAGCUUGUCUGGGAAAGGUUGAUGCGUCGAGAUACAGGAAAUUACAAUCAGUUCGCUGAUGGUAACACGGAGUUUCCCAUUUUGAACUUUAGGGAAAUUGCUACCGCGACAAAUAAUUUCUCUGAAUCCAACAUUCUUGGCAAAGGAGGGUUUGGCAAUGUUUAUAAGGCAAGACGUAUCUGUACUGAUAGUUAUUUGAUCGUUUUUUUUUUGUGAGGGUGAUAGUUAGAAUAUUAAUGGAAGAUCAAACUUUCUUGA